AUGAGUAAUCCGGUGGCAGUGAGUCCAGCCACUCGCUUUCGCAAAUUGUCCAGGAACAUCAACAGUUUGACCAACUUACUUGGUGUGGAUGUGCUGGCGCCCAAGUUGGUCAUCAACUAUCGUACCUGGACCACGAUCUUUGCGAUUGUAAACUAUACGGGGUUCGCGGUGUUUUCCAUACUGAACAAUGGUGGGGACUGGGGAGUGAGCCUCAAGGCUAGCUUGAUGAUCGGCGGUCUCUUUCAUGGAGUCGCAAAAUUCCUGACCUGCCUGCUGAAACACCAGGACAUGAGGCGUCUCAUAUUGUACUCACAAAGCAUAUACGAGGAAUACGAGAAUAGGGGAGCAUCCUACCACAGAACCUUGAACUCGAACAUAGACCGAAUGCUCGGCAUCAUGAGGAUCAUUCGCAACGGAUACGCAGUCGCUUUUUGCUUAAUGGGCGUCCUGCCGCUGGCUAUGUUAAUGUACGAUGGAACCCGGGUCACCAUGAUGCAGUACCGCGUACCGGGACUACCACUGGAGAACAACUUUUGCUACACAGUCACGUAUUUGAUUCAGUUGGUCACAAUGGUCGUAACAGGCGUUGGGUUCUACGCGGGCGAUUUGUUUGUCCUUCUCGCUUUGACUCAGAUCCUAACGUUUGCCGAUAUGCUGCAGCUAAAGAUUAGCGAUCUGAACGAUGCCUUGGAACUGAAGGCAGAAAACAGAGCUCUGGUAGCAGUUGGAGCUCCAAUAAAUGAAGAGGACCGGCGUCAAUAUCUUCUCAUAGAAGUGAUCAAGUGGCAUCAACUAUUUACACAAUAUUGCCGCACGGUGAACGGCGUUUAUUACGAAUUAAUCGCCACUCAGGUUCUGUCCAUGGCUUUGGCCAUGUUGCUCAGUUUCUGCAUUAAUUUGUCCAGCUUUCACAUGCCAUCGGCCAUCUUCUUCGUGGUUUCCGCCUACGGCAUGUCCAUCUAUUGCAUUCUGGGCACCAUUCUAGAGUUUGCAUAUGACCAGGUGUACGACGACAUCUGCAAUGUGGCCUGGUAUGAGUUGUGUGGCGACCAGCGAAAGCUUUUUGCUCUGAUGUUGCGAGAAUCGCAGUUUCCCUAUACCAUACAGAUUCUUGGAGUUAUGCCGUUAUCCGUAAGAACGGCCUUGCAGAUAGUGAAACUAAUUUACAGCGUGUCAAUGAUGAUGAUGAAUCGUACUUAAAAGCUGUGUAUUAGUAAAAUUAUAAGUUUGUUGCAUGUCACUAAACUUUGAUUUUACAGUCGAUACUUUA